GGACUGUGAACUUAUCGGGGUGUCGAUAGCUCCCGGCCGUUAGCCAACCAUCCAAAUUCGUAGCCCUUUCAUUUCGACCAAAUAGUCUCGCAAAAAACACAAAACAAAGGCAUUGACGCUCGCCAAAAUCCGCCGCCGUCGACCGAAACAGACAUAAAAUAGCGAAACUCUAGGUGGUGCGAGCCGACGCCGAAGAUCCAGACAGACAGCUUAUAUAAUCCGGCAGCGAAGGAGACAGGCCCCUAAAUCCGAAAUAAUGUUGCGAAUGCUGCGAAGUUCUUCAUCCAGAUGCUCCAGUCUGCAGCAGACGGUGCUUAAAAGUUACACUCGAAGUCUUGGCUCAGUCAUACCGGACCUUAACCUCAAGGAUUUUCCGGUUGUAAAUGAACCGAUUCUGGGGUAUCGCAAGGACUCCAAGGAGCGCAAAGCCCUUGAGCAGGCCCUUAAAAGCACGGCCUCCAGCUGCGAGGACAUUCCGAUCGUGAUCGGCGGCAAGGAGUACAAAACGUCGGAGGUGCGGUACCAGGUCAUGCCCCAUGAUCACCAACAUAAGCUGGCCAGCUUCUACUAUGCCGAUAAGAAGCUCAUUGAGAAGGCCAUCAAAACAGCCGUGAGCACGCAGCCCAAGUGGGACCGCGUGCCGAUUGCGGACCGCUUGAAGAUCUGGGAGAAGGCGGCUGAUCUAAUGGCGACGACCUACCGCCAGGAACUGAAUGCGGCCACCAUGUUGGGUCAGUCCAAAACGGCUAUCCAAGCGGAAAUCGAUUCGGCAGCGGAGCUAAUUGACUUUAUACGGAUGAAUGCGUAUUUCCUAAAGGAGGUCGCUAAAUAUCAGCCCAUCAGCGAGAACAUCAAAGUCACAAAGAACUCUUUGCGUUAUCGUGGCAUUGAUGGCUUCAUCGCCGCUGUCAGCCCCUUUAACUUUACGGCCAUUGGCGGCAACUUGUCCUACACGCCAGCUCUGAUGGGAAAUGGUGUGCUGUGGAAGCCCUCGGACACUGCAAUGCUCUCCAACUGGCUUAUUUUCAAAAUUAUGCGCGAAGCGGGAGUGCCUGAUGGUGUCGUUAAUUUUGUGCCUGCCGAUGGGCCCGUGUUUGGGGACACGAUUACCGCCAGUCCCCACCUAGCCGGCAUCAAUUUCACCGGCUCUGUACCAACCUUCAAUCGCCUGUGGAAGCAGGUGGGUAACAACAUUGACAAGUACGUAAACUUUCCCCGGUUGACUGGUGAGUGUGGCGGCAAGAACUUCCACUUUGUGCAUGCAUCAGCCGAUGUUGAGUCCGUGGUGACAUCCACGAUUCGUUCGGCAUUCGAGUAUUGCGGUCAGAAAUGUUCCGCCUGCUCGCGCAUGUAUGUACCGGAGUCUCUGUGGCCACAAAUCAAGGAAGGCCUGCUGUGCGAGGCGUCGAAGCUGAAGAUCGGGGACGUGCAAGACUUCAGCAGCUUCUCGUCGGCUGUGAUUGAUGACAAAGCAUUUAAACGCAUUACUGGCUACAUUGAGCAUGCCAAGAAGUCCUCUAACCUGGAGAUUCUCGCCGGCGGCACGUACUCGGACAGCAAAGGGUACUACGUCAAUCCGACCAUUGUUCUCAGCAAGGACCCGAAGGACCGCAUCAUGACAGAAGAGAUUUUCGGUCCCGUGCUAUCGAUCUAUGUCUACAAGGAGUCCGACCUGCUUGAGACCAUGAAGCUGGUGCACACCUCAACAAAGUUUGCUUUAACCGGAGCAGUAUUCGGCCAGGACGAGGAAUUCGUCAAGUGCGCCCUGCAGGAGUUUAAAAUGGCCGCUGGAAACUUCUAUAUCAAUGAUAAGUCUACUGGAUCUGUGGUGGGUCAACAGCCAUUCGGCGGCGGUCGAAUGUCUGGCACCAAUGACAAGGCUGGCGGACCACAUUACAUUCUGCGCUGGACUUCUCCGCAAUCCAUCAAGGAGACAUUCGUGCCACUGCGGGACGUCAACUAUCCGUACAUGUGCGAGUAGGCAGGAUGAAAUAAGAUGAAGCAUAAAAAGGGGGAGUGGGAAGAGGAUUAGAAGAAGCUAAAAAAACCCGACAGGAAUCUCAUAUAACUACUAACUAUAUAUAUAUAUAUAUAUAUAUAUAAAUGUAUUUUGUUGAAAUAUUUUUAAA